AUGGACGACAGGGCACCCAGCUCCCCACUGCAAAAUGAGGGUGCUCUGCAGCAACCCAGCACCCUGCAGGACUCUCCCAGCUCCCUGCAUCCUCGGGGGCUGCUCUCUGUCAUCCAGAGGCUGAGCAGUUCCCCAGGGCAGGAGCUCCGCAUCGUGCUGCUGGGGCUGGACAAUGCAGGCAAGACCACGCUGCUGAAGCGCCUGGCAUCUGAGGAGGUCAGCACCAUCACUCCCACCCAGGGGUUCAACGUCAAGAGCGUCCACUCGCAUGGCUUCAAGCUGAACAUCUGGGACAUUGGCGGGCAGCGCGCUGUCCGACCUUACUGGAGGAAGUACCUGGGCAGCACUGACCUCCUGAUUUAUGUCAUCGACAGUGCAGACCAGAAGCGCUUCGAGGAGACAGGGCAGGAGCUGGCGGAGCUCACUGAGGAGGAAUCUCUGAUGGGGGUCCCACUGCUCGUAUUUGCCAACAAGCAGGACCUGGUGACAGCAGCACCUGCAGCAGAGAUCGCAGAAGGGCUGAGCCUCCACACCUACCGGGACCGAGAAUGGCAGAUCCAGGCCUGCUCAGCCCUAUCUGGAGAAGGAUGGAAUGAACUGGAUUUCCAAGCAGAUCAUGAGCAGGAAGAAGUGAGAGCUGCAAAGUGACAGAGCUGCAGGUCACUAAGCCACAGCCAACCUCUCCUUCAGUCCCCACAUACCCUGAAGGCCUGACCAGGCCCUGAGCCUUCAACUCAUGCUCUGAGGGGUUUCCACACGGUUGUUCACCACUCAUCCUCCCUUCUCUCCUCAUCUUCUGGGCCUCCACGUACCCUGGGUCCUCCCCGGCGGAGAGAAGCAGGGCCCACAGCAUUACAGCCUCUCACAUCUCCCAGACGGGCAUGGCUGCACCAGCGGGCACAGCCCAUACACAGUGCGGGACGUGGCA